GAGCUCCGUAAUACAUACAAUAUAAUGCACAGCUGUUUGCUUUCUGCCUCCUCCCCUUCGUCCAGUCCAGCAGACGGAUGCAAACGCUUCGAAUUCCUACUUCGUCUGACAUCCAUACCUACGACUUUAUCGCCCUCCACAUGUCUUACAGACCAGAAAUUUUGUCCCGCUAUCUUUUUUUUUAUGCAAGACCUCCCCCAACCCACGGCCCAGAGCCUCUUCUUUGAUCGUCAAUAAAGGCGCCCCCCUCAAUCAUGGAUCCUCUUAAGGAUUUCGAGACAUCCAACGCUCUUCAAUGGGACCAAGAAUCUACAAUCACCACAAGCACGGAGCUAUCACCAGCACUUGCCUCCACAAACCCCGCUACUCAAAGCAAUGUAGGCCAUGUCGCUCCUCUGAGUCAGGUCGCUCCUCUUGGCCAGCAGGGCAUCAAUAGGCAACAGAUCUUGGGCAGUUACAGUGGCAUUGGUGGCAGAAGCUUAUCUACUUCUUAUGAAACCACUCCUUCUCCUGCUCCCCACCGACAGUCCUAUCAAAGCAAUGGAAAUUUGAAUAGCAGAGCUCCGAAUAAUGACCAUCGCCAGCCACAACACGGGAGUGAACAGCGUCGAUCUUAUCGAGCCACUCCCGCCUUCCAGUCUUCUGCUGAUUCCAGAGUCAAGCUAUGGGCCAAACCCAAGGGACUGGUGACUACCAGGAUGGAGAACACGAAUGUCGUCAAGGAGAAGGAAAAUGCAGAAAUUAAGAAAUAUCUUGGUUCUGUCAACGGACAGGAAGAUUACCAGGCUACAGGUUACUACCUCUGGCCAAAGAAAGGAGUCAAUCCAAGAGAGCUGCUCGGUUGGAAGCUUGAAAAGCUAGAUGUUCUCAGGAAGACCUUCAAGGUCAUCAUUGAGUGGGACGACAGAAAGCAGUGCCUGACAAUAAACUCGGACAGGCCCACCGCGGACCACGACAUUAUGGCAACAAUCAAGGGUAUCCGACAAGCUGUUCAAAACUGCAAUGCCGAGAUUAUAUUUGCCUCCCCGCAGUAUAUUGUGGCUCCACCAUCUGCAGACGUGAUGAGAACAGUAAUCGGACCUAAGUAUGAUGAUGGGAAGAUCAUGGGCGUCGAACUUGCUGGACGACAGUUCUCCGAACAGGAAAAGGAAACCUGGGACUCCAAGCGAAGUGAGCGUCUCGAGGAGAAUUUAACCAAGUUCCGGGAACACUUGAUCAAGCAUACCACUUUGCUGGCUCCUCUGAUGGGCUGGAUGCGUAUGCGUGUGCACUUCGGCCACGUCCGAUUUGGAAAGGUCCGAGAAGAAUUCGUACAGUCCAAAUACUGCUUCGAUGAGUUCGUUGGGAUGAUGGAACUCUCUCGAGUUAGGACAUCAGGGAAGUUUGACCGAAAGCUGGACGAUGCUACGCUUGGCAAAAAGAUGCUGCAGAAGAUCAUAGAAUCACCACAUAUUUUCUGUCCAGUCCAAUCUCGAAUCCCUAGUCUGCAGGAUGUCAAACCUAAGCACAUGGAAAUCAUCUUUGUGAAUAUCCCAGAUGGUGAGAAUCUUCGGAUCGAGGCGGAAGUCGACCAAGCCACUGAAAAUGGUCUCGGUCAAUAUCAAAUUGGUACUACCAGACUCUUCCGUGACAGUAGGAGAAACAAACGUGUUGAAGUCACCACGAUUGAUAUCGAGAGGAAAUUCGAUUGGACCCUGGAAAUCAUCACGGACGGUUCAAUUGCUGAUUUGCCUUCGACUAUGCUCUCCCUUAUUGAAGGUUCCCUCUCUGGAAAGUCGAAAGAACGAGAAGAUUGUCUUGGUUUGUCAUACCCCGGCGUCUCACCAUCGACUCAAUACGGUCUCGAUGUCAGAAAUGUCGUCGUCAGAAGUGUUUAUCAAUACAUGUUAAAGGAGACCGGCUACAUCGUUGAGAUCGCUGUCUACAGGGAGUGGGAUGGCUGCAAUACGGCAAAAGAGCCUAAAAUGCUUUCAAGCGUCUCUAUGUUUCACCCGGUUUGGGAUGGCCAGAUGGAUUCGAUCGAAUAUACGACGAAGGAGCGUGACUGGGACCGGCAACUUCGAUGCUUCUUCGAGGGACCUGAUCAGAAUGGAGGGAUUCCAAAAUUUAUGGAGGAUGUCAUAUUGAUUCAAGGCUUAUUGACUGAUGCAGCUAGGGCCUCCACUGGAUCUCCAAAGAGUUCUCAAUCCUGCUGA